UACUGGCUUUCCCCAGGCACUUUUUCCACCCCAUCUUUCCUUAGAUUCGUUGAGGUUAAGGGGUUUUGAGGACUUCUGUGUCUGGAAUUGUGUCUGCUCACCUUUCAGCAGUAAGGAAUCGAUGCACAUACCGGCAGAAAUUUUGUUAAUCUAAGUUUCCUUCCCUGCUGUCCAAUUCUUCCUCACUGUGCUUAAAAACAGUGAAACGGUUCCACCAAACUUCUAUGGAAAGUUCAAGCUAUGCUUCCGUCUUCCUUUAGCCAUUAUUUGGCUUGCCAAGUUAUGCGUUUCUCCUUUUUAACAGGUUUUUAAGGUGGAGCAUACUUAUUGUUGCUAGCCCUUUUCUGUGAGAAAGCAUGGCGCUGUUAAAGGUGCACGGACCUGUCCGGAUGCGCAGCAUGCAGACUGGGAUUACGAAAUGGAAAGAAGGGAGCUUUGAAAUUGUGGAGAAGGACAACAAAGUGAAUCUAGUAGUUCACUACAAUGUUGGAGGAAUUCCAACAACGUUUCAGUUAAGCCAUAACAUUAAAACUGUGACCUUACGACCCAAUGGCAGAAAACUGUGCUGCCUGAUGCUAACACUAAAGGAUACCAGCUUUCUGACAAUUGAUAAGGUACCAUUUAAAGAUGCAAAUGAAAUGCGGAUGUAUUUGGAUGCAGUCCAUCAAGACAGGAUUCAUACUGCUGGGAAACCCUCACAAGGAUCUGGCAGCUUUGGAGGUGUGCUGGGCAGCAGGGCCACACAGAAGGAAGCUAACAGGCAAUUCUCUUACAUAGAGAACCAGACUCCUCCCAAAAGAGUGACUGUGGAGAGUAAGGAGGAAAAUACAUUUCGCAAGGUGCUGGGUACCCCAGCAAGAGGCUCUAUUAAGAAUUCUCCUGGAGCUGGAACACCAAGCAACAGGGUGAACCUUUCAGCAUCUCCUGCAUCAUCAGUCACUCACAGGACAGGCUUGUUGGAGAAUCGUGAAAAGAGGAAAAGAACACAACCCCCUGGUUCAGAAAUGAGUGAAGAUUAUCCCAAAGAGAAUGAUUCUUCAACGAAUAAUAAAGCCUUGAGUGAUCCAGCAUGGAAGUACUUGAAUAGUAGCAGAGAGAAACAGUUGAACCUGAAGCAGGCUGAGGAGAAUAAGACAUCAGGUGUUUUACCACUGCAGUCAUCAUCAUUUUAUGGUAGUCGGUCCACUUCAAAAGAGUACUCCACUGGCAGUUCCACCCUGGACAGGUCUAGUGUAUCCAGCCAGACCUCUUCAGCCAAAAGAAGCCUGGGAUUCCUUUCUCAGCCUGCCCCUCUUUCUGUUAAAAAAAUGAGAUCUAAUCAAGAUUACACAGGAUGGAACAAACCCCGAGUGCCCCUUUCUACCCAUCCUCAACAACAGUUGCAAGGGUUUUCAAACUUGGGAAACACCUGCUAUAUGAAUGCCAUUCUACAGUCCUUGUUUUCAAUUCAGUCUUUUGCUAAUGAUUUGCUCAAACAGGGUAUCCCGUGGAAAAAAAUUCCACUCAAUGCACUUAUCAGACGUUUUGCCCAUCUGCUUGCUAAAAAGGAUGUCUGCAGCCCUGAGGUUAAGAAAGAGCUGCUCAAGAAGGUGAAAAGUGCCAUUUCAGCUACUGCAGAGAGAUUUUCUGGGUACAUGCAGAAUGAUGCACAUGAGUUCUUGAGCCAGUGUCUGGAUCAGCUGAAGGAAGACAUGGAGAAGCUAAACAAAACUUGGAAGAGUGAACCAGUUCCUAAUGAGGAUAACUCACCAGGACGUGCUUCUGAUGACCUCUCAGCCACCAAAGUUUAUACAUGUCCUGUUAUCAGUAACUUAGAGUUUGAGGUUCAGCAUUCUAUCAUUUGCAAAAUGUGUGGUGAAACAGUCACUAAACGAGAACAGUUUAAUGACCUCUCCAUUGACCUUCCCCGAAGGAAGAAAUUCCUUCCUUCCCGAUCGAUCCAGGAUUCUCUUGACCUCUUUUUUCGAGCAGAGGAGAUUGAGUAUUCCUGUGAGAAGUGCAAUGGAAAGUCUGCUGUUGUCACACACAAGUUCAACAGGCUUCCCAGGGUCCUGAUUCUUCAUCUGAAACGAUAUAGCUUCAAUGUAGCUUUGUCUCUCAAUCAUAAAGUCGGGCAGCAAGUGGUUAUUCCGAGAUACUUAACCCUGCUUUCCCACUGUACAGAAAGCACCAGGCUGCCACUGACGCUGGGAUGGAGCGUCCAUUCUGCCAUUUCCCGCCCAUUGAAAGCCUCCCAAAUGGUGAAUUCCUGUACUGUAAGCACUUCCACGCCUUGUAGAAAAUAUACUUUCAAGUCAAAGAGCUCUGCAGCACUCUUUGUAGAUUCUGACAGCGAUGAUGAGCCAUUGAAACGUUCUGUUGCCCAUAGCCAAAGGUUGUGUAACAUACAGAGUAGAGAUCAGCAACAACUGCAAGAAGAGCCAGAAAAGGCUUCAAAAAGAAGUAAAAUGGAGGGUGAUAAACCCGAGCUGGGUAAUGCUGGUUUUGAUGGGAUGAGUGAAGAUGAGCUGCUAGCAGCUGUCUUAGAAAUUAGCAAAAGGGAAGCUUCUCUGUCUCUGAGCCAUGAUGAAGAUAAGCCCACAAGCAGCCCAGACACCGGUUUUGGAGAUGAUGAAAUUCAGGAAUUGCCAGAAAACCUGGAAUCUAUGGAGAUGGAGAAACCCAAAACAGUAUUAGACUCAGGUCCUGCCAAUUUCACUGAGAUAACUAAAGAUUUUGAUGAGAAUAAGGAAAACAAAACUCCAGAAGGCUCCCAAGGGGAGGUUGACUGGCUGCAGCAGUAUGAUAUGGAGAGAGAGAGGGAAGAACAAGAACUUCAGCAGGCACUGGCUCAAAGCCUUCAAGAGCAAGAGGCACGAGAACAGAAAGAGGAUGAUGACCUCAAACGAGCCACGGAAUUAAGUCUACAAGAGUUUAACAGCUCUCUCCUGGACAGCGUUGGCUCUGAUGAAGACUCUGGGAAUGAGGAUGUUCUGGACAUGGAAUAUUCAGAAGCUGAAGCAGAAGAGCUGAAAAGAAAUGCUGAGACAGGAGAGCUUCCUCACUCCUAUCGUCUCAUCAGCAUUGUCAGCCAUAUUGGAAGCACAUCAUCUUCAGGUCAUUACAUCAGCGAUGUCUAUGAUAUCAAGAAGCAGUCCUGGUUCACCUACAAUGACCUGGAAGUCUCUAGAACUCUGGAGACCACCGUUCAGUGUGACAGAGACCGAAGCGGAUACAUCUUCUUCUACAUGCACAAAGAUAUUUUCGACGAGUUACUAGAAACAGAAAAAAAUGCACAGCCACUUAGCAUGGAAGUAGGAAGAUCAGUUCGUCAGCCUCUGUGAAGACUAAAACACCUUGUUCCUCCUGAGGAGCAAGGAAGAUUCUGAACUUGUGCCAGACACGCAGGAGUAACAAACAGCUCAGGGCCAAAACAUGAGACAAAAGGUGGAAACAUGGGACGCUUGGUUUGUUGAACCAUCUGUGCAAGUCCUGGGCCUGAACUUCGUGUUUAAACCUUGACAUCCAGAGCAACCCUCCUGUGGUGAAAUUUUUUAUGUUUCUCAAAUGAUUUUGUCAGCAUGGAGCCUUAAAGAGUUGUAACAAGCCACAAGACUACAGCUGCUCAUAAACUGGUUUAAAAAACAGUGCAAAAAGAGACUCGACUUUAAAAGCCCAUUCACCUGUGAGAUGUGAGUGGCGAAGAUUUACAUAUCACUUGGCGCUUUUUUUCUUUUCUCCAAGAGCAAUUUAAGCAAUAGACUGUAACCCGGCGUGUGUUGUGUUAGUAAUAUUCACUGGAAAGCCAGAUCACUGAGCAGGCUCUUGCCAGUGAUCUGGCUAAGAGGCAUUUUGGAAUCACUCAAGCUGAUGCGUUGUGACAUUCAUGGGUUUGUAAGCGCUCCGCUAUUUACAUGCGGUUCCAGGAAACAAACUGUCGGUGCUGUGGAAUGUAUUGAUACCUGGUGGCAGCUCUGUUGUUUUUUUACACCAUUUACUGUCAUCCCCAUUUAGACGUGAGAUUAUAUAUGUGACUUCUUUUGUUUUGCAAGUUCUAUUAUUUGAUUGCAUUUUCUCUACGAGGUUGUUGCAUCAGUGCCGUUCGGAGAGGCAAGGUCUCUCGUUGGGUGUGCUGUGUUUCACACUGGAGCUGUGUUGCUUAGGGCUGCUCCAGUGUGACUCUGGGAUAGCUGAGUACCUGGAGCAAACAGAGCAGUGGCAGGAGGUGAGCGACAGCCUCUGCAUAUUCUGGGAGGGGAAAAAACAUUCUGGCAUUACCCUUCUUAUGCAGCACCUGGCACUUGAACUGCUCUGUGAUUGAACCGUGGUCCUACCAUGGUCUUGUGUUACCCCAGGGUAAGAGGCUUUGUACUGCAGCUGUGUCUCCGUUCUCCUUUUUGAGGAGUGCAAGAGUGCUCAAACUGUGAAACUAAACCAGGUGGAAAGUUUUUGGAAGGCCCUUGUUCAUUAACAGAACAUGGUUAGGAAGAAGUGAUGUUUUCUGCUGGGUUUAGAAACAUGAUGCUCCUUUUAUAACUUGUUUCAGCAGUGGGGGGAAAAGCCUAUUAAGUUUUUUUUUUCAGCACCUUUGCACUAAUUAAGCAGGGGCUUAAUUAGAUGUUUCCUUUCACUGACAUUUACUCAUUUCAGAGAAGUUGUUGCUGUAAGCAGAGUAGUUGCUCUUAUUUUGGCCUCUAGUUUUUGCAGCCUGAGUUUUAGAAGUGAAAGACUUCUUUAAGGAAAAAAAAGAAGAAAAUCACCUUUUUUGCCGUUGAGAGUUUCUGAGUUUUUUAAACUAUCAUUAGGAGUUUCUCAGGAAUAAAUCGGCUGCAGCAAAGCAGACAAAACCAUCGAUUUUGGAGACAGCAGGCACCUUUCACGGGCACUUCCACACUAGAGUUUAUCCUGGCAGGGUGUGUCGCUGCCCUCAGGGGCCUCUUCCCGAGUGACAGCGUGGUGUCCUCCACACCUCGAGCACUUGGGGGAUCCUGGAGUGGUGAAGACUGACCUCCCUCCCAGUCCCUAGGUGGGAUGAGCACAGGGGCCCUGGUCACAGCAGCGUCUUCUGGUCUCUGAGCCAGGAGCAAAGGCUUGGUUGAAGACAUGUAGAGUGUUUAUCUGGUGAGAUGCAGCCCGAGGUGGGUGUGUGUUAAUUUAUUACAAAGCAUUAUACUUUUC